UAAAAUGGUGGUACAUAUAGUUUAGGGUGAUUGUUUAGUAUAUGUAUGUGUUCUUCUUAUGGGUGUAAAAUAUCAUUGGGAAUGAUUCAUCUUUUUGUUUAUCUGACUUGUGAACUUGUAAUCUGACGCUGGGGGCUGCUUCAUGGAAUGUUAUGAUACGCCGUUUUCGCUGUUUCUGUUAGCACGCCGGUUAUAUGUUAAAUAUAUUAAUCUCAGUUGUUGGAUUCGAAAUGACGAUGGUUAAAUGUUAAUGUGCUGAGGCAGUGACUUCAUCAAAACAUGUGGCAUUCACGAUUUAUGUGUUCCUGAAAACCUGACUGAAAAUAUUGCAUAAUGGGUAUCCAAGACUUGCAAGCUUUUAUUGAUAGUUCACAAAUACCAGGCAGUUCAGUGCCCGUGGAUUUAUUGAGAAUUGCCCGGGGAUUGGCAGUGAAACAGAGUCGACAGCAGCAAAAGACUGGAAAACCAUUAAACCAUGUUAAUAGCAAACUGAGUCUUGUAGUGGAUGGGGAGUGCUGCUUGCAUCGCCUUUAUGGUGGCUACUUCUCAGAUUGGGUCUGUGGUGGCCAGUGGAAUCGAAUGGUCCAAUUCUUAGCCAUUUUGGUCCAGACAAUACAAACUAACAACAUUGAAUUAGCAGUAUUUUUUAACGGGUGUUUGGAACAGCAACGAAUGAAUGAAUGGAUCACGUCCCAACUUCGCAUUAGGCAGAAGAUUAAUCAGGUUUUGAAGCACAUAAAUAUAAAGGGAACACCACCACCUAAAGUAUGGUGGGCAGCUCCAAGUUGUUUGAGGACGUGUCUUCGUAUGGCUCUGAGGCAUCUUAGUAUCAGUGUUUUAUGUACUAUGGAUGAUCAUCAUCAAGAAGUGAUUGCCUAUUGCCGAGAAAAUUGUUUUUACGGGUUGAUGGCUGACGAUGGGGAAUAUGCAGUGUUUGAUCCGCCGCGAUACUUCUCUUCAGAACAUAUAAAACUUACAUAUAAGGGAUCACUGGAGACCAAGGAAUACAUUUUGAGUGAAGUCACGAAAGGCUUGGGUCUUAGUUCUGAUCGUUUAUGUGUUGUGGCUGCUCUUCUGGGAAAUUAUUUGUUGCCUGAACAAGAUCUAUUAGAAUUCUACCAUAGACUAGGGUUGGUGCAAAGCUUGGGAAAGAUUCCUGUUGAUCCUUUAGUGAAGACAGUUGCAACCUAUGUAAAGGGACUGCCAUCAGUUGAGAACUUGGAUACAAUUGCAGCUCAGAUUUUUGGUUCAACUACAGAUCCUAGAGUUUCUAGAUUCAAACAAAGUGUGCAGUACUAUUUAAAUGGAACAAAAGAUGGGUUCUUAAGAUACAGAACACAGGCAGCCCACCACCGACAUGGUUAUUCACAAUUUCCUGCACAAAAGAUUUCACCCCAUCAAAACAAAGGAAAACAUGUAGAUCAAGUGGACAACUCCAAAUUUGCCUCAGAGACUGUGGAAAGUGAGCGUGACAGUUUGCAGGCAUACAAUGAAGCUACAGCAAGUUCUGCAGGGACACCACAGAUUGUAAUUGAACCACCUGGCAUAGUGCCUGAUGAUAAAAUGAAACCGAAUGGUUCAGCUGUCAUUGAUGGCUCUGAAGAAGAGACAGGCACUAAAUCUGGUACCAAUUCAGUUAGUACUGUCAAUGGAGGACACUCGGGAACUCUGAUUAUUAGUGUGUCAAGCUCCAGUAGUAGCUCAAGUGCCACAUCUCCUAGUCGUACUCCUGAGAACAAACGGAUGACAAAUCAAGAGGAUUCCCCAAUAAAAUCUGUGACUUUACCUACUGUACCGCCAGAAGUCAUGCGGACUGCUAGUGAAAGACACCAGAAAGGCCUUAUGUCACCAUAUAUAUAUCAGAUUUUGACUCAGGGUGAGAUAAAGUUGCCAGUGCUGAUGGAAGAUGAGAAUCACAAAGAUUUGCCAAGCAUACACUUGGUAUUCCGCCCUGUACGACAGAUGGUCUAUGCAAUUCUUUUCAAUCUCCACCAUUAUAUAUAUAUGGCAAGCAAGCAGAAAGAGAAAGGAGAUGAAGAAAAGGUUGAAGUACCAGAUAUUUGCAUAAAAGAAUGGAUAUGGUCAAAAAACAAUCAGUAUCAAACUCCUGACUACGUUCGAGCAGAACAGGUUGGAUGGGGUGUACCAACAAUCCAACGACUCUGGUUUGGGUCUGCUAUAGAUGACAAAAGGAGACGACUUAGAGCAUUUUUGACAUGUAUGCGGUCUGACACACCGUUAAUGUUGAAUCCUACAUAUGUGCCACAGCAUUUACUCGUUAUGGCAUCUGUUUUGCGAUUUAUUAUGUCUCACCCAGAAAAAAUUUUGUUGCAUAAAAUUGAAUUGGAUGUCUUCAUUGCACAAGCAUUUUCACCUGCUCUUAUGAAUGCACACCAACUGCAGGAACUACAGUUGCCGAUGGUUACAAGUAGAGGAGUCCAACUGGCAGCACUUUUCAUGCAGGGGGUCGAAACAGCGCUGUUGGCUAACGAUGCUUGUGGAGCACCAAUACCUUGGUUGAUGUGUUGCCCAUGGUUAUUUUUUGAUGGAAAACUCUUUCAUCACAAACUUGCGAGAACUUCUACAGCUAAAAGCCUUCUCGAUUUAUGUGAACAUCGAUAUGAAUAUGUUUUGAAAGUAGAACGUAUGCGCCAAGCAAUAUUAGAAGGCCUUGAUAUAGACUAUUGCAUAGCAUCUGUGCAGACACAACUAUCAGGUAUGAGGGUUCGUCUACCACCUAACAUAGCAUCCCCACCUGGAGUUAUACCACCACCAGUUCGAGCAAUGAAUGCAAUAAAUGUUCCUGAGCGUGUUUAUGCACCACGUGGGCUUUUCCGCCGUACAGUGCCUAGUAGAGGUGGUCAAUUGGAGAUAGCAGGAGUGGUGGUAGGCAGCUGGGGACCUAAUUAUGGGACACGUGGUGUUCCACAAGCAACUGGUUCCUUUACACCCCACAGGCCAAGUGGUGGCCGUGUUGUUCCGCCACAGGUCACUUCUGUGGGUGGCCCAAAAGCAUACCGACAGGGGAACAACAUGCAGGGAUAUCAUAUGAACUCACUCAAUGGCCGUCCACCUACUUUCCAGACGCGUGCAUCCAGUAGACAUUUUGGAGUCCCUGGUCGUGGGAAAAGAAACCAGAGUGGUGCGAAGAAAAAGUCUUCAGGCAACAAGAAAGGCACAAGGGAUGCUGAAAAAAUGGACCUAAGGAACCUUACCCCCCCUGAUACACCGGAUGAUGCGCCUAACAAAGAGGGUGAGAAUGACGGUACUGGUCGUCGCCGAGUUCGUAGUCCACCCAUCAUCGACAUAAAUGGAAGGAGUGACACACCAAAUGGCUCUUCACAGAAUCUCACUGAUGUGUGUAGUGCUUCACAUUCACCAAUUGAAGGCUCUGUUACAGUGCUAGAUGUUGUGGCUGAUGUUGGACAUGCAGACAGACAUGUAGACGAGGAAGACGACUCAAAUCAAACUUUGUUGGCAGGGGUGCUGUCAACAAAUACAUAGUCUCAGCAUUUGUGUGAUAGUGUAAUACUUUUUCUACCAGUUGCUCACAAUGGUUAUUGAAAGUAAAGUGCAAAACUUUAUUCGAACUAUGGCAUCUUAUAUCCCUGAGUGGAAGGCCAAUACUUGUAACUUCAAAUGCGGACAUUUACAGGAAAAUAGUGCUUUCAUUUCAUAGUUGUGUGUUUCUGGUUUUGUACUUAAUAACUGCAAUACAUUUUGUGGAUAUUGGGUAAGUAAUAUUUGGAAACUUUUUGAUCCUUGACUCUUAAUGUAGCACGGAAACUAUGUCAACAUUUUUAAAAAAUAGAAAAGACUGUAUACUGCUAAACUAGUGCCUUGAUUUAUAAGUGGUACAAAACAUUAGUUAAUGGUGUCAGAUCUCUUUGGCUAUAUUUUAUGGCAGUUUUUUGAAUGUGGAUUUUGUAACAGUACUUACCUAGAUUACUGUUUCGAAUGCCGAAAGUUUGAACUAAGAGAUGUUAUAAUAAAUUUUUAAGCUUGCAUAAAGUUGUGGCAGUAAUUGACUGUAACAUACAUUUGUAAAGCUUAAUUUAUUUACAUUAUUUAUCUUACUUUGUUAUGGAAGCAUUUGAAGUAUGACUACAUGUGGGGAAGCAUUUGAAGUAUGACUACAUAUUUGCCUUCUUCUCAGAUUAUUACAGUUUUAACUGUUGAAAAAUGUGACUACUUUUU